UACGAUUAAAAGAAUUUUAUUUAAAAAUUAAAAAAUGACCAAUGAGCACAUAGCAUUUAUAUAUGCUGUUUUGUCCUGGUCAGAUCGCUAUGGAAAAAAAAAGGAAAGAGAAACCCUUUUGGGAUAAAAGGGAAAAUGUUAAAGUGUAUGUAUAAGUGAUGAUAAUUAACUAUCAGAAAAUCGUUGUUGUAUUGAAAGAAGAUGAUGGUCAGAGGGUUCAGGGAUUUGGGGGUGAAGCAAGAUAGUCCAUCUCCAAGCAGAAUUGCACAUAUAGAAGGCCAGCGUAUAAGCCAGGCAUCAAUUGAUUUUCUCACUUUCUUUGUAUGGGAUGUUGAUGCGAAUCCUAUUGCUCACUUAAAAGCAUAUUAUAAAUUAGCUGAUUUGUGUGAACGUUUAGGUUCCAAAUUAUUCACAUGCUUCCCAUUGAGACGAACUCAUAUACCAUGUUAUAUUCCCCAAAGACCAAAACUAGAUAAAAACCUUAUUUGGGUAAAAGUCGUCAACAUUUCCCGCAAGGCCCUAAACGAUCAAGGUGAUGCAAUGUCACUCAAGUUUCGUGGAAUGAUCCAUACAGAUGGUAUUGGGGUCUCGAUAUUGAAACAAAACAAGGAAACCAGCAAGGGUGGCACAAAAAACACCAGUAAACGUUUGCAAACAGACUAUAACGAGUUUCAAUAUAUCGAUACAACCAGCAAUCAAAGGACUAAGGAGACAAAGUCAAGGAAAUUUAGGAAAUUUCGUCAGCAAAAUAAGCCCAAGUCAGUCAGUGAUUUGGAGAAGCCUUUGACUACGCAUUCCACUUCGACAAUUGAUCCCCAGAAGUACUCUAGAAAUUUAGAAGCAAGACGGGAUGCAAGUGAUCUCCUUUCAAACUAUUAUCAAAGUGAUUAUCUUGGAUCACUUCCUUUCAGGAAAAUAAAGCUUUCCUCUUAUAUCAAUAGGAAACAAUCAGACGCCCGUCUGGCAAAGACGUUAAAGCAAAAAUUCGGUGAUGACUGUGUAUUUGUCCUUGGCAACUGGUCCGUCAGUAAUACAAAAUAUCACGAACCUAUCAGAGGUGUUGGUAUGAGGAGGAUGUUGAAGAAAGAAGGGUUACAAGUAUACUUGCUGGACGAAUAUAAGACGUCGUCGUUCUGCCCCAAAUGUAAAAAUAGGAGGUUGGAAAAAUUUUCUCAUGUCAAGAACCCUCGACCGCAUAUGCGAGGCAAGUAUCCAGUAGUUGAGUGCCACGUCGUGUUUCGGUAA